UGUUGUGUAAGUGAGCAGUGAGAGGCUCUCCGGCCUCGGUUUUCAAUUUGCGGUUCCAUAAAAACUAACUCGCUGCACCAUGUGGGGGAGCGCCGACGGCGGCCCGCCGGAGGUGACCUUGGAGACCUCCAUGGGACCUUUUACAGUCGAGAUGUACUACAAGCACGCUCCGAAGACUUGCAGGAACUUUGUUGAGCUCUCUAGGAGAGGUUAUUACGACAACGUCAAGUUCCACCGAAUCAUCAAGGAUUUUAUUGUCCAAGGCGGUGAUCCGACAGGGACUGGAAGGGGUGGUGAAUCCAUUUACGGUCCAAAGUUUGAGGACGAGAUAAAACCUGAGUUGAAGCAUACUGGAGCGGGCAUACUAUCAAUGGCAAAUGCUGGUCCUAACACAAAUGGUAGCCAAUUUUUUAUAACAUUGGCACCAUGCCAGCCAUUGGACGGGAAGCAUACCAUUUUUGGUAGAGUCUGUAGGGGGAUGGAAGUAAUUAAACGUCUUGGAAGUGUGCAAACUGACAACAGUGAUAGGCCAAUACACGAUGUGAAGAUACUAAGAACAAUUGUCCAAGACUGAAGUGCUCAAGUCGCAACGAAAAGGAUAAUCCUAGUAAAAAGUGCUAGAUACGAUGCAGCUAGUGACCUUCACUUGGCGCAAAGUGUUACUUGUCCUUAGUUUGACUAAAUUUUCUCCAGUCUCCUUUGAUGAUGGAUUAUUGCGUGAAGGGGAAUUGUUUUAUUUGUACCCAGAUUUGUUGUAAUUUUAUUUACUUUGUCAACUCAAUUUUCGAUGGUCAACGGUUGAAAAAUUUUUAGGAGUAACAAAACAAAUAAAAAAUUAUCAUUGUGAAU